GAUCUGCUUGCUCAAGAGAAGCAUAGAGCUGACCUCCAGAACUUCACCAGAAACCUCCCCUCUCCUGGUGGUCAUUCAGCAGUAAAGACCACAAUGACUGGGAUUGCAGGCUCUGGGAAACACUGACUGGUUUAAAAUUGUGACUUCCUUGUCUGUGAGCUAUGUGACUCUGACAAACUUACAACUGGGAAAUUAUUUUUAAAGUGGAGAAGAAGGGGCAAUAAUGAAGAGACUUUUCCAGCACCUACAUGGAAACAGCAAGACUAAAUAAAAGAAGUUUCAAUGGGAUGGUGAGACAGACCCCAACAGAAAACAAAGAGAGUUUUGCUGAUACUGAUACCACCAUGACCCUGGAAAAGGCCCUUCGGGAUCUUAUGCUCUGGCUGCACCUUUCUUAUCUCUGGAGAACCAGUUCCUGGACUAGGAGGUGAAGCUCAUCAAAAAGAUGACACAGCUCUGCAGGUUGGUGGGAGCCCCAGACCAUGCUGGAUGCUGGGGUUUCCAGACUUGUAGGAUGGCUAAGCAUUAAUGGAAAGAGAAUCAUAAACGUAUCUUCUUCAAUUAUGGAGGCAGGCUUAGCAGAUGGAGAACCUGACCGAAGUUUGAUGUUGCCAUAUUCAGAAGUUGCUGAAGUUCAAGAGACACUUGUUGGUGAUAGCAAAGAUGUUCUUGGGCCAUCAACUGUUGUAGCACACAGUGAAGAGUCUCCACUUCUGACAGCAGGCAAGAUGAGUCAGCGGCCAGGGAAAGACGCUUCUCCAACACCAGCUAAAGACUCACACAGUCUCAGUCCAGCAAGCCCUCACAACCAGGGUUUUGAAAGAGGAAAAGAUGAUAUUUCUCAAAAUAAAGAUGAUUCUUCACUUUCUAUGUCAAAAAGCAAGUCUGAAUCUAAACUUUAUAAUGGCUCAGAAAAGGAUAAUUCAACAUCAAGUAAGCUUACAAAGAAAGAAUCUCUUAAGGUGCAAAAGAAAAAUUACCGUGAAGAAAAGAAAAGAGCCACAAAGGAGUUGCUCAGCACAAUCACAGACCCUUCCGUUAUUGUUAUGGCUGAUUGGUUGAAGAUUCGUGGAACUCUAAAGAGCUGGACCAAGUUGUGGUGUGUUUUGAAACCUGGGGUGCUACUGAUCUAUAAAACACAAAAAAAUGGUCAGUGGGUUGGAACAGUCCUUCUGAAUGCUUGUGAAAUCAUUGAGCGUCCAUCAAAAAAGGAUGGCUUUUGUUUCAAACUUUUCCAUCCUUUGGAGCAAUCUAUUUGGGCAGUAAAGGGCCCAAAGGGUGAAGCAGUUGGAUCCAUAACUCAGCCUUUACCCAGCAGCUACUUGAUUAUCCGAGCUACUUCAGAGUCAGAUGGAAGGUGCUGGAUGGAUGCUUUGGAGCUGGCUUUGAAAUGCUCUAGUCUUCUUAAACGUACAAUGAUCAGGGAGGGAAAGGAACAUGACCUGAGUAUUUCAUCAGAUAACACACAUGUGACUCUUUAUGGAUUAUUACGUGCUAACAAUCUCCACAGUGGUGACAACUUCCAGUUAAAUGAUAGUGAAAUUGAAAGACAGCAUUUUAAGGACCAAGAUAUGUAUUCUGAUAAGUCUGAUAAAGAAAAUGAUCAGGAGCAUGAUGAGUCUGACAAUGAAGUGUUGGGCAAAAGUGAGGAAAGUGACACAGAUACAUCCGAAAGGCAAGAUGACUCAUACAUUGAACCUGAGCCUGUUGAGCCUUUGAAGGAAACUACCUACAUGGAGCAGAGCCACGAAGAACUUGGAGAGGCAGGUGAGGCUUGUCAAACAGAAACCGUGUCUGAAGAAAACAAAAGUCUCAUCUGGACUCUGCUAAAACAAGUCCGUCCUGGAAUGGACCUGUCCAGGGUAGUUCUGCCUACAUUUAUUUUGGAACCUCGUUCUUUCCUGGAUAAACUUUCAGAUUACUACUAUCAUGCAGAUUUCCUGUCUGAGGCUGCUCUUGAAGAAAAUCCUUAUUUCCGUUUGAAGAAAGUAGUGAAGUGGUAUUUAUCAGGAUUCUAUAAAAAGCCAAAGGGACUGAAGAAACCUUACAAUCCUAUACUUGGUGAGACUUUCCGUUGUUUAUGGAUUCAUCCAAGAACAAACAGCAAAACUUUUUAUAUUGCUGAGCAGGUAUCCCAUCAUCCACCAAUAUCUGCCUUUUAUGUUAGUAACCGAAAGGAUGGAUUUUGCCUUAGUGGUAGUAUCCUGGCUAAAUCCAAGUUUUAUGGAAACUCCUUAUCUGCAAUAUUAGAGGGAGAAGCACGGCUAACUUUCUUGAAUAGAGGGGAAGAUUAUGUGAUGACAAUGCCAUAUGCUCAUUGUAAAGGAAUUCUUUAUGGCACAAUGACUCUGGAGCUUGGUGGAAUAGUCAAUAUUACGUGUCAGAAAACUGGAUACAGUGCAAUACUUGAAUUUAAACUAAAGCCAUUUUUAGGGAGUAGUGAUUGUGUUAAUCAAAUAUCUGGGAAGCUUAAAUUGGGAAAAGAAGUCCUAGCUACUUUGGAAGGCCACUGGGAUAGUGAAGUUUUCAUUAAUGACAAAAAGACUGAUAGUUCGGAGGUUUUCUGGAAUCCAACACCUGACAUUAAGCAGUGGAGAUUAAUAAGGCACACUGUAAAAUUUGAAGAGCAGGAUGAUUUUGAAUCAGAGAAACUGUGGCAGCGAGUAACACGAGCCAUAAAUGCCAAAGACCAAACAGAAGCUACUCAAGAAAAGUAUGUUUUGGAAGAAGCUCAAAGACAAGCUGCCAGAGACCGGAAAACAAAAAGUGAAGAGUGGGCUUGCAAGUUAUUUGAACUCGAUCCACUCACAGGAGAGUGGCACUACAAGUUUGCAGAUACCCGACCAUGGGACCCACUUAAUGAUAUGAUACAGUUUGAAAAAGAUGGUGUCGUCCAGACCAAAGUGAAACAUCGCACUCCAAUGGUUAGUGUUCCAAAAAUGAAACAUAAACCAACAAGGCAACAGAAAAAAGUGGCAAAAGGCUAUUCUUCCCCAGAACCUGACAUCCAAGACUCCUCUGGAAGUGAAGCUCAAUCUGUAAAACCGAGUACACGAAGAAAGAAAGGGAUAGAAUUGGGAGACAUUCAAAGUUCCAUCGAAUCUAUAAAACAAACGCAGGAAGAAAUUAAAAGAAAUAUUAUGGCUCUUCGAAAUCACUUAGUUUCAAGUACACCUGCCACAGAUUAUUUUCUGCAACAGAAAGAUUACUUCAUCAUUUUCCUUCUGAUCUUGCUUCAAGUCAUAAUAAACUUCAUGUUUAAGUAGAAGUUCUACAAUUGAAUCAGUGAACUAGAAAGAUCAGGUUUGGCCUGGGACCACUGUUCAAAUUGGUAUGAUCUUUAUUUAUGCAUCAUGUAUUUAAAGACAAAAACAACCUAGGAGAUAAAUGUAGAGGUGUCUACCUUUAAUAGCUUUUUUCUUUAACCUGAAACAAGCUAUCCCACUUGGUUAUUAAAGUGAGCUGUGUAAGUGCCAGGACAUUUCUAGCUUUUAUGAGAAUGUGUCUACAUGUGAGUCUAACAGAUCCACAGGUGCACACAAAAACUCUUAGAUAACAGUAGUCUUUGUAUUCUACAGUAUGUUCUGAAUAUACCAGUACCAUUGCUCAUAACAGAAAUGUUAUCAAUCUUAUAAAUAUAUGAAUAGUAAUCUAUUUUCUUCAUAAGAGAGGCACACAACUUUAAUCAAGGAAUUACAGAUGGGAGAAUGAUGGAAUAAUAAACAUACUAUAAAUAAUUCAGUACAUUGCACUGUUAAAAUAAUUCCUAAGUACCAAGAUCAAUUGUCUUCUUAGAACACCAAGAGAAAAAUUAUGAAUAGUCAAACUUAAUAUAUUGUGAGAGACAUGUAGCAAUUUUUUAAAAGUUUACACAAGACUUUUUAACCCCUAGAAUUUAAUUUAAUAUUUGUAGAUACAGGUAUAUAUAUACUGAAGUGUAUAUCAAUAUUAAAAAUUAGUAAGCAGCUACAUGGAUCUAUUCAUUUUAUUAUUAUUUUUUGAAGGCAGCCCAAUAGACUGCCCCCCCCUUUUUAAUGAGAGGGCCUGAGAGAGAGAGAAAGAAUUGGCAUGCCAGGGCCUACAGCCAAUGUAAUCGAACUUAAGACAUGAGCGCCACCUAGUGCGCAUGUGUGACCUUCAAUCACCUUGUGCAUCUGGUGUAUGUGGGACCUGGAGACUGGAACAUGGGUCCUCAGACUUCAAAUGCAAGCGCCUUAACUAAGCCAUCUCUCCAACCCUCUUUUCAUUUUAAUACCACCUUAAGCAGCUGCUAAAAAUGGUAUGGUCAAGUUGAUUGCUGUUCUUUUUUUCUUACUAAGUCAGCUGGUCCGUUGCUUCUCAGCCUUUUGGCUAAGAUCAAGUGUAAGUCAACUAGUCUAUUAUAUAGGCCAAAUUCUAGAGAUGUGUAUAGGGCAUAUGAAUGCUGAGAAUUCAUGUUUUUUUAAUGAAAAACAAUGUAGCUUUCAUAUAGACCUUACUUUGCUCAAUAAAUGAGUAGAACAGUAAAAUUACAACUAAUAUUUUACUUCUAAAGCCAAAAAGAGAAGGCAAUAAAAAAAAAAAGACAUGGUGGCCUUUAUGUGGAUAUUGAAAUUUGAUUUCUUGAAAAUGUGCAAUAAGUUGAGCAUUAAAGAGUACCAAGGUAUGAAGAUUAACUGUUCAUUAUCCGCUCUAUUCUUAGUAACUUCUUUCUGCAGGAAAGCCAGUUCUUAAGAUUCCUUUGUUCAAGCUCAAAUUUAUUUCAUCAGGGUUAUUUUUUACCUGUUUUUCAGUUGAAUAUUUUGAUUUUGUGUUAUGGCAUAAUUCAUGGCUCUCAAAAAUAGGUUUUGAAAAGUUAGUUAAAAUUUAGGAGCAUGUCCUAAAAUAUAUCUUAGAUUCCUGAAAGUAUACAUUUUAGAAGGGUUUAUAAAACUAAAAAUGUAAAUCAGAAAGAAUAAUUGCUGUGAUGAUAUCUGCCUUUGACUAAGAAGGGGCUGAGAUGGGAGUAAAGUUAUAAUCAGCUCUCUAUUCUAUGACAAAUGUAGAACCAAGAGAUGUUUACUACAUUAUGAAAAUUGAAAACUGAGGGUGUUUUUCUAACCGGUGUAGUGAUCCUUAUACCCUUAAGCCCUUAGGUUUCUAUGAAGAGCAAUCUCCAGUGUAGUAUUGGCAGAACAGAGCUAUAUUCCAUAUGUACACAUGAAAAUAUUUUUAAACUUAAUACCAUAAAUAAGAUAUACCUGUAUCCAGUUUCACUAUUGUAUUUACAACAGUUGGGGCUUAGGGUUAUAUUUCAUAUUUGUCAAUGUAUUUUUUUGUAUUCACAUUCUACUACCAAUAUUGUGCUCAACUGCCUAUUCAUUGACAUGUGAUAUUUUGUAAAUAUUGUACAACUUGAUCUUUGUAUGAUUUAAAUUAUUAAUUUAUAUUAUAUAUAACUUGAUUGGCUGAUCACUAAACAUCAUCACUAAUCCCAGGAAACUUAAAAUUUUUGUUGAUGACCUGCUUUAGGGUCUAGGUUUUAUCCACUUGUAUGUUGUUUUCAGUUGGUCUAAAUAAUGCUUUGUUUGUAUGAAUAUCUAAGGCUGGAAAGGUCAUGAUUUAUUUUUUAAAUUUUGUUUUAGGGCAGAUGUUAUAGGUUCUUACCCAAAGACUCAAAAACUGAAGAGCAGGGUUAUUUGUGACUGUUUCUUAUACACUAAAAGUAUAAAUCUAAUUAAUUAGUUCUAUACUUUUAGUAGUAUGAGUUUCUUUCUAUGAACUGAACAUAAAACUCAGGAAUUGGUGGCUUAAUUUUAUGUCAGUAAUUAUACUGGGCUUAGUAUAUAAAUCCUUUAAAACACAUAAUUAACUUUGUAUUUAGCCAUACUUUGUAAUUGUCUUUGAAUGUUCUUUACCUGAGAUUAAUCUUUCUUCAUAUGUGGGUUCAUAAUGUAUGUAGUCACAUCUACAGUUCCAAAUUGUCUGAAAGCUUCAUGAUGGUUUCUAGGAUUUAUGAGUUUAUGACCAGUCUUCUUUAUCAAAAAUUAUAUUUUCUCACAUGAAAAAUUAUGAGUAUUAAUAAUGAUUAAAAUUUGCAUUUUUAAGAUGUUAAGUGAAAUUUAUUUUCAGUUAUCCCCCAUUUAGUGAGAUGUUGCUGGCUAGGAAAAGACAAUAAAUAGGCCAUUUUAAAUGUUACAUAAGUUAUAGCAAUAUAUCUUUCAUUUGUAUUUCAUAUCAGUACUUUUUGUAUCACUUAUAAAGGUACAGUGGUAAUCUUUGUCACAGCUCAGUUGACAAUUGCAUUCCAUUGAAAAGUUGGCCUUGCCUUGUAAGAUACAAUUUUCAUUUAAUAGUUCAUGCUUUUGUGCCUUUAAGAAUAUGCUUGUCAUUUUUAUGUUACAGAACUAUCAUAUGUUGAAAAUGUUUCUAUGCUUAUUUGUCAUAAAAAGGUCAUUUCUCUGUCACUUUGUUUCUUUUUAUAUAGCUGAAUAAUAUUUUAGCUGUAAUGCUGUACUUUUUUAAGGGUUUGUCUAUCUCUUUCAAAUAUUCAUACUCAGACAUCAUUGAAGUAAAACUUGUCAGAUUAUUCUGAGUAUUGUAAACAGUGCCUUUUUGAUGGAAUUCACACUGUUUUGGGUGUCAACUCGUGCCAUAUACACAAAAUUUUGUGGGAGGCAGUUUUAACUUUUUGAAGAAUAUCUUCAUCAAAAUUUAAGAAAAUAAAUGUGUAGAAUUCCAACUUUUUCCAAUGUUUAGCAUUUCUAGUCAGCAUAAAAUAGUUUUGUUUGCUUUUGUGUUUAACAUACAAAGAUGAUGGCAUUACUGAUAAACCAUACAUGAGACUGCAGAUUAUUUUGAUUUAUAUUAAAUGUAAAGGAAUAAAGCAUCAGCAUUUAUAUAAAUUUUCUCAUUUGAUCCAGUGGGGGAGACUUCAUAAAGUAGUAUGUUUACAUUUCACCUAUUUUAUUUGACUAAGUGUGAAAAGAGGUUCUUUAAAAUGUAUAAUCUGCCAUUAUUAUGUAAUUUGGUUUCAUUUUGUUCUUAUGUACUGUGUGAGUUUAGCAUAUUUUAUUUACUUUUUGUUACAAUUAUACUAUUUUUGUAACAGUUUUUAAUGGGAGAUGGACUGUUAAAAUUGAAUAGGACCAGUGUCUUAUUAAGAGUCACAAGCAACUCAUGACAAAAUGAAUGUGGAUAUACUUUCUAAAGUAUUUAGAAAAUUUGCUUCUUCAUUUCUCACAUGAAAUUUAGUGUUACAAUGUUGAAUUUUUCAUUUAAAAAUAUGCCAUGAAACAUUUGAAUGAUGAGCCACUGAACUCUAGUUGAUUUUUUUAUUUCAAUUUUAGCAUGAUAAAUAUACAUCUAAGUUUAAAUACCAUUUAUUGGCCAUUUCUAAAUCCAAGCACUACCACUGGUCGGUUUUAUAUGACAGAAUAAAAGUAUGUUACCUGCAGUGUAAGUAUAACACACUGUUGAAUUCUUUUUCUUAAGGUGCAUAGUCAAUGUAUAGAUAGUCAUAGGCUACUGUUUUGUAAUGUUACAUUUCUAAUCUAUUAUUCAUAACCUGUUAUAAAUGUUUGCAGAAGGAAAGGAUUUUUCUAAUGAUCUGUAACAUUAUGUUAACUUGUACAAGUAGGCAUUCUAAAUAAAGUUUUUAAAAAGAACAAACUGA